AUGGAGGUGAUGGACAGUUGCCAGUUUUCUCCAUCCGAGUUCUUCUAUGACAGCUCCUGCAUCUCUUCCCCUGAAGGCGAGUUCGGGGAGGAUUUUGAACGGGGACUGGCUGCGUUUGGAGCCCACAAAACAGACGGCCCAUGGUCUGACGAAGAGGAGCAUGUCAGAGCCCCCACAGGGCAUCAUCAAGCCGGGCACUGCCUCAUGUGGGCUUGCAAAGCCUGCAAGAGGAAGUCCACUACCAUGGACCGGAGGAAGGCAGCGACCAUGCGCGAGAGGAGGCGACUGAAGAAAGUGAACCAGGCUUUUGACACGCUGAAAAGGUGCACCACGGCCAACCCCAACCAAAGGCUCCCCAAAGUGGAGAUCCUCAGAAACGCCAUCCGGUACAUCGAAAGCCUGCAGGAGCUCUUGAGAGAGCAGGUCGAAAACUACUACAGCUUGCCAGGACAGAGCUGCUCUGAACCCACCAGCCCAACUUCCAGCUACUCGGACGGGAUGGCUGAAUGCACCAGCCCGGCCUGGCCCCGGCGGAGCGGCAGUUUUGACGCUGUCUAUUGCCCGGACCUUCACACCGACAAAAGCACUACCCUGUCCAGCUUGGACUGUUUAUCCAGCAUCGUGGAUCGUAUCUCCUCCCCCUCCGAUCAAGCGGCGUUGCCGCUUGGGGACACCGCCUCCCUCCCUGCAAACGCCAGCCUAGAGUCCCAGCCGGGCACCCCUAGGACCCCUCCUCAUUCCAGGCUCAUCUAUCACGUAUUAUGA